AUGACAAAACCACUUUUUCUCUCCGGAAAGGCCGGUGGAGAGGGCAUCAAUAUCCCAGAGGCGUCCAUCAUGAUCCAAACCGAAGUCUGGUGGAAUAGGAAUGCCGAGUUGCAACUUUACAGUCGGCUGCUGCGUCCCGGCCAGCCCUAUACCGUCAUCGUCAUUCGACUGCAAGCGUUGGGAUGCAGUAUUGAUGACUGUAUCAUCAAUAUCCAGUCGAAGAAGAAGACCGUCAACACUGUCUUGAUGCGACCGUUGGUACGCCCUCACGAUGAGCCGCCCGAUGUCCCGGAUAUGUCAUUUCCGCCGCAGUGGUUGGUUCAGACAAGCGAGGAGGAGGAGGGAGACGAGGAGGACGAGGAGGACGAGGAGGACGAGGAGGACGAGGAGGACGAGGAGGACGAGGAGGACGAGGAGGACGAGGACUAG